CAAUGAAUCUAAAAAUUAUUACGAUAUUAUUAAUAGCAAUUAACUAUAAUUAUAUUGAAUGUGACUACAGAUGUCCGGCCGGUUGGGAUGCAUAUGACGAUCAACUCAAGUGUCUAAAUAUAAUCACCGAUUCACUGUUAACCUAUGACAAUGCUGUUGAUAUGUGUGCACAGUUGGCUCCGGGAUCAACACUAUUGACAAUACAUUCACCAGAGGAACAGGACUAUUUAAUUGACUAUUUAUUUGUUCAAAAUAAACUAGUCAACUCUCUAUGGUUGGGUGCCCGGGUCAAACAACAAAAUAUUACCUGGAUGGAUAAUUCAAAUGUCAGCUAUACUAAUUGGCUAACUGGUCGCCCAAUUAACUCUAGUGAUGUUAAAUGUAUUGAAAUGCAAUCGGAAGAUAUGUUCCGAUUAUCGGCUGACGAUAAUAGACAAGGUAAAUGGUAUGACACUGAUUGUAAAAAACGUAGCAUGGUAGUUUGUCAAUCAAUACAAUCGGCUCAAGUAAGUGAUCUAGUUAAAUUAAUAAUGGAAACUCGAAAAAAAUCUACAAGAUCAAUUAGAUAAUAAACAAUUGCAACUAGAUUGUCAACAAAAUAAACUCAUUAGUCAACAAGAUCAGUUAGAUAAUAAACAAUUGCAACUAGAUUGUCAACAAAAUAAACUAAAUAGUCAACAAGAUCAAUUAGAUAAACAAAAAGAUACCAUUGAUAAACAAAAAACUCAACUAGAUAAAUUAGAAUCAAAUCCAGUACCCGUAGGUUUUAUAUACAUCCAGCUAUCGGGUCAACCCAAACCAUGCGAUAUAUGGCCUGAAGUUAACUGGCUUGAAGUGACCGGGGAUUAUUCGGGAUUGUUUUUCCGGGCCGAAGGUUCGGGUUCCGGCCAGUUUGGUCAGAUACAGUCAAGUCAACAAUCGGUAAUUUCUACUGUUAUUGCAUCAAAUUACAAAGUUGGAAAUUACAUUCAUACAGAUAAAAUUAUCAAUAUAAACUAUAAUGAUACAUGGUCAGAUAAUUUUCGUUAUAAUUCAAAUCUAAUAUAUGAUUUAAAAUUCUAUGGAACUUCGGGUGAAAUUAGACCCCGAAAUACAGCCAUUAGAAUAUUCAACACUAUAUACUAAAUAUUCAACAAGAUAAACUAACUAGUCAACAAGAUCAAUUAGAAAAUAAAGAAUUGCAACUAGAUAGUCAACAAGAUAAACUAAAUAGUCAACAAGAUCAAUUAGAUAAACAAAAAGUUACAAUUGAUACACAAAAAACUCAACUAGAUAUACUAGUAGCAAAUCCCGUUCCCCUGGGUUUUAUAUACACCCCACUAACGAGUCAACCCGAACCAUCUGAUAUAUGGCCACUGGUAAUAAGUACUUAUUAUUUUAAUGGUAAAUAAUAAAACAAAAAUAUA